GGUGCUGCUCACAAACACUCAGCCAGCUGCCUCGCUGAAGCCAAACACCAGCUGACUCUACCCAGAGAAGAAAUGGUCCAUUUCUGCUAACCUGUGGGAGAACUUUUCACACUGAGCCACGUGACUGGCCAUCACGCGCUCGAAGCGGACUAUAUACAGCGCACACUGUCAUCUUGCUCUGCUGCCUCUGAAGAUAAUCUGUGUGAACUGGAAAAGAAGUGAUCAAACAUUUAACAGAGGAGAGUGAGGCUGAAACUGAGAGGGAAGGAAAAAAAAGAACGGAGAAAUACUUCUCCCUCUGAACCAAACUCUCACAGCUGGGGUUCUGCAUCAGGCCAACCUGUCUAUCACAGCCUCAGACGUACUCAUUACCACAAGUGAGGUGCAAAAUUUAUGUUGAAAUAGUUUCUAUAACACGCCCAGUAAUAACGGAUCACAUGUUCAGAAGGACUCUUAGCAGGACUUUUCUGAUCUGUGGAAAUAUCACUCGGUUUCUUCUUCCUCGUUAAUUAAAGGCCCUACCUGGUAAUUCAAAGACAGCGCAGCAUGGCACAGAACUACUUCUGAAUGACCCACUGCUUGCAUGAGUAUCCAGGACUGCUACUGACUUCGAGAAAGGACCCUUGAGCACUCAACCAUCUUCUGACUGUCUGCCCAACUGUAGCAUUUGGGUGUGGAGGGCUGAUUUCAGAAAUAGGCCUUUGGAUGCUUGUUGAAGAUGACUUGAGUUGGCAGGCCUAAAAGCCCCCUACCCCAGAGAGAGAAAGAGCUUGGCAGUAGGACACACACUGCACACAAAUGUGGGUGCCCAGGCGGCUUUGAGCCAUGCUGGUGUUGGUUCUCGUGGAGCCCUGGAGUACAGGCUAUCAUCAUCCCUAUCAUCAUUCACCCAAGCUGAGGAAGACUCAACGGCCCCAAGGAGCCAGGCUACACUUCUAAACGAGGAGAGUUGGAAAGGGUGCUAACACACACAGUUCCACAGCUACACCCUCAAUCACACAAAGAGACACACUUCUACUGCUCUCCACGAAUCUUCCAUACAGAGAAGACAAAGCUUCGACGGACGUGAAAAGGCACAGAGAGACUGAGCAGGAGCUGUGUACCAAACCAACAUGGCAGCCGAGAGUCUUGCUGAGCUCCGUGAUUGGCUCUUUUUACUCCUCCUUUGCCUCACCUUGUUGGCAGAGGUGCUGGAACUAGCAGCAGCGGCAAUCGCCAUGGAGACUGGUGAAGGAGAUGAGGGUAUCGUUUGCCCCUCGGUGUGCCGCUGCGAUGAAGGUUUCAUCUACUGCAACGACCGCGGCCUCAGUAUAAUUCCUCCACUUCCGUUGAUGGCUGCCAUCCUCUACUUGCAGAGCAAUCGGCUGAGUAACGCUGGGCUGCCUCCCUCGCUGGAGCGCAGUACUUCCAUAAGAGUAAUAUACUUGUAUGCCAACCAGUUGGAUGAAUUUCCUAUACACCUCCCACCUUCAUUACGAGAGCUCCAUUUGCAGGAUAAUAAUAUACGAACGUUACCGAGGUCAUCUCUGGCCAAGUUACCAUUACUAGAACGAUUACACCUGGAUGAUAACUCUAUAUCAACAGUUAGCAUCCAAGAGCGAGCUUUUUCUGGGACUCCACGGCUUCGACUGCUAUUUCUGUCUCGGAACCACCUGUCAAGCAUUCCUGCAGGCUUACCAGCGUCGUUGGAAGAGUUGCGGUUGGACGACAACAGAAUCAGCACAAUCCCAACGCAUGCCUUUCGUGGGCUCUCCUCCCUGCGACGCUUGGUUCUUGAUGGGAACCUUCUGGCCAACACACGAAUCGCUGACGACACCUUUUCCCGUCUUUCCAACCUGACUGAGCUCUCACUGGUCAGGAAUGCACUGCAGUCUCCUCCAGUUAACCUACCUUCAAGUCACCUCGUGCGACUUCAUUUGCAAGACAACGGAAUGACUCACAUUCCACGAGGUGCACUGGAUGGGAUGCGGAAGUUACAGAAGCUGGACCUGUCAGGAAAUAAUCUGACCAGCUUGCCACGAGGACUUCUGAAGGACACCGAAGGCCUGGAGCUGCUACUGUUGCGAGGAAACCCCUGGUACUGUGGAUGCAACCUUCGCUGGCUCCAUGCCUGGCUGCACAGCCGAGGGGCAGCAGUGACUGUUAGGGGUCUGACCUGCCAGGGUCCUGAGCCUGUGAGGGGCCAGGUCCUGAGGGACCUAACUUCUCUAAUGGAGCAAUGUGAAGGCCCCCCUGCUGGUCCUAGUACCGGAAUGGGGGUAAACCCAGGAGAGAAAGAUGGAGGAGUUGAAGAUAUUGGCCAACCAGGAGGCCAACCAGUUGCUUCAGUUCCUCAUGGCAGCACUACCACUGCCUCCCUGUUGGUCCCCACACAAGGUUCCCUCUUCACCCUGAGAGCCAAGCGACCAGGCCUUGUUAUGCCUCUGCCUCCAGGUGAAGGGGGACAUGUAUCUGGAGAGGCUCUGGAGCUGACUGUAAAACCUCUCUCUUCGGAUAGUGUACUAGUGACCUGGUUGUGCCCACAGCCAGCACCCUCCUUCCGCCUAUCAUGGCUCAGGUUGGGUAGCAGUGCAGCUCUUGGUUCCAUAACAGAGACUCUUGUACCUGGAGAGAGGAGGCAGUACCUCCUUACCCAGCUCACGCCGCGCUCCCAUUACCUCAUCUGCCUGCUGCCACUACCACAGGAGCCUUCCUUUGUGGGUUCCAGCAUGGGUUCAUCUCGAAGUGGCAGCAUGGACACAAACAGUAAAGACUCAGCCCCAGCCUGUGCACAGAUAGAGACUGGGGAUGCUCUGGUCAACCCAGGAGGGGAGGGUUCAAAUGGAGAGGGUCAGGACUCUGAACUAACAGCCCUGCCUUUGGCUGGGAUUAUAGGAGGUGCCACGGCAUUGGUAAGCCUGCUGUUAAUCUUUGGCAUUUUCUGCUGGUAUGGACAGAGGGCGGGGUACAUGUCCGGGGACUCAGGCUCAUACAGCAGGGGCCGAGGUGGAAAACAUUAUGAUGACUAUGUAGAGUCAGGCACCAAGAAAGACACUUCCAUCCUCGAGAUCAGGGCCCCACCAGCAGGGUUUCAGAUGACUGCUAUGGCCCAUCAGCCACUCCAGCCUAGGCUGGAGGAUGUCACCUACAUCCACACUAUUUUCCCCUCUUCUUCCUCUUCCUCCCAAGCAAACGGGACCUACCGGAGCAGCCACGGAGCUGGCAGCCUCAACGGUACCAUCCUCAGCCAAACCAGCCACCAUCAUGCCACUUAUGGUACUAACCGUGGCUACAGAGAGGGUGGCAUCCCAGACAUAGAUUAUGCCUACACGUGAUGAUACAUGGACACACUCCCUGAGCCACGAAUGCCAGGCGCCAUUUCUGUAAAGGUGACCCCAUGGCUGGUGGCCAUUUUGUCCUUGGUUUCCAAAGUACCCUCUGUGCCUCUGCUGGUUCAAUUCUGAUUGGUUUGCUAGGAAGAAAAGACUUCAGCUAUGUUGAUUGGACUUUGCUAUUGAGUGACAGGCGUAAGAGUCCUACUAUACUCUUCUACUGUAUUCUAAAUGAUACAGUAGAGUCUUCUUUCAGCGCUACUUAUAGUUAUAAAUGGUUAUGUUUUCUCUUUUGGAUAUCUCAGUGUCUUUCGAACCUACUGUUUCUCUCAGAUCAUAAUAAUACACAGUAACUUAUUUGAGGUUGAUAUACUAGGCUUAGCUGAUUUAGCAGGAGAUAUAUUUAUAAUAUGAGGAAAGGCACUUGAUGUGUAUAGAGAUAGCUCUCAUAUCUUCCUACCAACUGUAAGCUCUGUGCUGUGUAGAUAAAAGGGAUGACAGGGGAAGAAAUCAAUGGUUGUUAUAACCCACAGAUGACAAUGCAUCAUGGUUGACAUGAAAAGAUGUGUUCCUAUCCCCCUCCUUUCCCUCUAGUUUACCCCCCUCCUUUUUAAUUUUUCCUCCUUUCCGCCUCUUUUUUUUUUGGCUGAGGCUCUUUCCUUUUAUUUUUCUCUUGUCUUUUGUGGUGCCUUGAGCAGAGAACGACUUUGUUCUCGCCAAGGGAGCUGACAGCAGUGAUAACAGUUCUGACAGAGACGGGAGACACAAACCACAGCAUAGGGAGACUAAUGAGAGGGGGAAAGAGAGCGAGAGAGAGGAGGGCUGAUGGAUAGAUGGAUAGAUAGAACAUAAAAGAAGACAGGGGGAGAAAGAGCAAGAAAAAAAGGGUGCUGUUUUGGGGAUGAGAAAGUAAAAGAGGUGUGUUGGCUUAAGGCAGAGAGUGAAGACAGAAAGGGAAGAAAGGAAGAUAAGUGAAAGAAGGGCGUGUGACAAAUUCGGCAGCAGGAGGUAAAAAAAAGCAGACAAAAGGAAAAAGAAGAUGGGGGACCGUGAGGGGUGCGGGCGGGGUACAGAAGAGAGGUGACAACUGGAAUAAUGCGGUAUCAUCAUCUAAAAAAUGUCUGAAGUUUUACCCACAGUGUCUUCAACACUGCAUUCAGCUAAUACAGGAGUUAUAGCAGACUCUUCCUUCAAUGACCGAUGCUUUAAGCUGCUUGUGAUUAUGAUGAAUCAAAAUGAAUUUAUUUAUUUUUGGGGCAGUUUACAGCUUUUGUUUUGUGUAUACAUGGAUCCUUUCCAUUCUAUAUAUCAUAAUUUUUAAGAAAUGCUUGUAAGACGACAGGAGGGACAGAGGCAUGGUAAGACGAUGCAGAACAAAUGAUGAGAUGGAGAACAAAAAUUAUUGAACAUCUCCCUCUCAGAGUUUAGAAAAAUUACUGCAUGUACCCAAUUUACACAGUGGUCUGGUCUCAUUAUUAAAUUACCUUUGCAAAUGAAGAGGAAGAAACCUAAUCACACAUCUUAUUAUAGUAUCUCAUUAUCUCUUUGAGGCUGGUUAAACCUUGUUAAUUGAAAAUAAGUUUUAGCAGCUAAUGAUUUUUGGUGAAAGUCAGAGCUACUGGAAGUGGAAGUACUCUUUGCAAAAUUCACAUACCUUUUAGAUUCGGUUAUGAAAGUUGUAGCAAUGUCCCCAUCUGUACCUGGUUCAAAAUACAAGGGGAUGGACAAAAUGAUCUAUCGGGUUUUUUUUCAUUUCAUAUUGUAAGAUAUAAAUUGGAAAACUGGUCUCAGAAAAAACUAUCAGACAUGAUUUUCAAAAAUCCACAAAACAGAUAACAAAUGAUGGUACCUUACCAUGUCCUCGUAUGACAUUUCAAUAGUCAUCUUAUAAUGUAUGCUAUUUAUUUGAAAAAGUCCAGCCUUAGUAAACUAACAGUGAGAGCCUCCUCAGCAUGGUAAAAUAAAAAAAGCUGAUAAAUGUGUCGAGUUUGAAUGAUUAGUCACUUCAAUCAAUGAACAGACGUAUAAUCUGCCACUAUUUAAGAACUGAAUGAAUCACUGACUUGGGUUUUAUUUGGCAAAAAAGCCUUUUUCAGUUUCCCAGCUGUGAGUGUUAACUGCAUUCCUUUCUCUGUGAUAUUCAACUGGCCCACUGGAGUUGAUUUAUUAAUCAAAAACUACUGAAAAUUGCAAAUUGAUGUGAUUCAUUCUGAAGAGGUGAAGUUUGUCAGUCGACUCAGGUCCUCUGGUAUUUAUAGGCCUUAGUGCAGCAUAGAUGCAGAUCUGUUAACAGGAUCACAGCCUUACCGCUUCACUGUGCAGUUAAACAGACAAACAAUCGGCAAGAAGGAAGCAGCACCUGCUUUCUGAUUGCUUCUCCCUGACCCCACUAAUAUACUUUAAGGGUAUAGGAACUUUAAAGAGAAACACUCAUUAACAGCCUGAGAUUCAAAGAGGAAGAGGGUUGAAGGAGAAAGAAGAGCAAGGCCGUAGAGAGGAGGACGGGGAGGACUGAUAUACAUAUACUAUAUAGAGCCUGUAAGUGUUGAAACCCAUUCUUACUUUCAGUUGCUCUCUUUUUCUUUUCCAACCCGUGUUACUGGAUACCAGUAACGUUGGAGGAGCUCCGGUGUGGGUGUUUAAUUUUCUCUCUGCAUUUGUUUUUUGGUAUUUUUUUGUUUUUCUGAAGAGCACUGAAGCUUCCUUUCAUUCUGUGCAGAAAUCCUUUUCCUUUAAAAAGAGUCACCCUCAGAUGUGAUAAUGAAGACACUCUUAUGUAUAAACAUAAAAAUGGGUGCAAAAUGCUAUUCCAUUUAUUGGUCUGUCGUCUUUUUUUCUACACAGAUGAAUAAAGACUUCU